UGUCUUUGUUGUUGUAUUUGUGUUGUUGCCCUGUUUCAUUCUGUUGUCUUCAUCCUGUUGUCUCUUUUAUACUUUGUGGUCUUCGUUUUACUGGUGUCUUUGUUGUUGUUUUUGUUGUUGUUGCCUUGUUUGGUUCUGUUGUCUUCAUCAUCAUCGUGUUGUCUCUAUUAUCAUGUGUGGUAUGCAUGGUACUGUUGCCAUGUUUGGUUCUGUUGUCUUCAUCAUCAUCGUGUUGUCUCUAUUAUCAUGUGUGGUAUGCAUGGUACUGUUGAUGUUUGUUGUUGUAUUUGGUGUUGUUGCCUUGUUUGGUUCUGUUGUCUUCAUCAUCAGCGUGUUGUCUCUAUUAUCAUGUGUGGUCUUCAUGGUACUGUUGUCUUUGUUGUUGUAUUGUUUAUUGUUGUCUUGUUUUGUUCUGUUGUCUUCAUCAUCCUGUUGUCUCUAUUAUCAUUUGUGGUCUUCAUUCAAAUGUUGUCUUUGUUGUUGUAUUUAGUGUUGUUGUCCUAUUAUGUUCUGUUGUCUUCAUCAUUGUGUUGAUAUUAUUAUCAUCUGUGGUCUUCAUAGUAUUGUUGUCUUUGUUGUUGUUUUGAUUAUUGUUGUCUUGUUUUGUUCUGUUGUCUUCAUCAUCUUGUUGUCUCUAUUAUCAGUUGUGGUCUUCAUUUAAAUGUUGUCUUUGUUGUUGUCCUAUUAUGUUCUGUUGUCUUCAUCAUCAUCCUGUUGUCUAUUAUCAGUUGUGGUCUUCAUUUUACAGUUUUCUAUGUUGUUGUUGUCCUGUUUGGUUAUGUUUUCUUCAUCAUCCUGUUGUUUCUACCAUCCUUUUAAUUUUACUGUUGCAUUUGUUGCUGUUGUCCCGUUUGGUUCUGUUGUCUUCAUCAUCCUGUUGUCCAUUAUAUCAUUUGUUAUCUUCAUUUAACUGUUCUAUUUGUUGUUGUUGUCUUGUUGAUUCUGUUAUCACUACUAUCAUCUGUAAUCUCUCUGGUACCAUUGUCUUUUCUGUUGUAUUUGGUGUUUUGCCUUGUUUUUUCUGUUGUCUUCAUCAUCCUGUUGUCCAUUAUAUCAUUUGUUAUCUUCAUUUAAAUGUUAUCUUUGUUGUGUAUUUGUGUUGUUGCCCUGUUUUGUUCUGUACUCUUCAUCAUCCUGUUGUCUCUUAUAUCAGUUGUGGUCUUCAUAGUACUGUUGUCUUUGUUGUUGUAUUUGUGUUGUUGACCUGUUUUGUUCUGUUGUCUUCAUCACCUAAUUGUCUUUUUUAUCCCUGGUGGUCUACAUUUAACUGUUGUCUUUGUUUCUGCAUAUAUUGCUGUUGCCUUGUUUUGUUCUGUUGUCAUCAUCAUCCAGUAGUCCCUUAUAACAUUUAUCUUCAUUUGAAUGUUGUCUUUGUUGUUGUUGUGUUAUUUUUUUCUGUUGUCUUCAUCAUCCUGUUAAAAUUUGUGGUAUUUGUUGUUGUCUUUGUUGUUGUCCUGUUUGGUUAUGUUUGUCUUCAUCAUCCAGUUAUCCCUUAUAUCAUUUGUUAUCUUCAUUUAAAGGUUGUCUCCGUUGUUCUUUUUGGUAUGAUUGUCCUGUUUGAUUCUGUUGUCUUCAUCAUCCUUGUGUCUCUUUUAUCAUUUGUGUUCUUCAUUUAACUGUGUCUUUGUUGUUGUUGUACUGUUUGGUUUUAUUGUCUUCAUCACCUAGUUGUCAUUUUUAUCCCUGGUGGUCUUCAUUUAACUGUUGUCUUUGUUUCUGCAUUUGUUGCUGUUGCCUUGUUUUGUUCUGUUGUCAUCAUCAUCCUGUUGUCACUAUUAUCAUUUCUGGUCUCCAUUUUACAGUUUUUGUUGUUGUUGUAUUUGUUGUUGUUGUCAUGAUUGGUUCUAUUUUCCUCAUCAUCCUGUUGUCUCUUUUAUCAUUUGUUGCCUUCAUUUUACUGUUGUGUUUGUUGUUGUAUUUGUGUUGUUGCCCUGUUUCGUUCUGUACUCUUCAUCAUUCUGUUGUCUCUAAUAUCAGUUGUGGUCUUCAUAGUACUGUUGUCUUUGCUGUUGAUUUUGUUGUUGUUGUCUU